CCACAGACGUCAGAUUGACAAGAAGCACGGAAACCGGAGCGUCCGACACAAACCGAAGACCUGACACCAGACCAGUGACCUCCUGCCGCUACACGCUGUAAAGGCUUCUGUUCGGGUUUCUGUUCCUCGGAGGGUCUCUGCUGUUUCAUCUCAAGAGUUUUCUGGAAAAGUUGCCGUCAUGUCGACUGCUGUGGAAGCGACCGGUUUGAUCAUGUGCAUCAUCAGUUGGCUGGUGACCGGAGCCUCGCUGUCCAACGACUACUGGAAGAUCUCCUCCGUCUCCGGCUCUGUCAUCAUCUCCCAGAGGCAGUUUGAAAACCUGUGGCACGCCUGUGCCGAGAACAGCGCCGGUAUCGCCGAGUGUCGGGACUUCGAGUCGCUGCUCGGCCUCCCCAUUCACGUGCAGGCGUGUCGCGCCCUCAUGAUCAUCUCUCUGCUGCUGGGCCUCUGCUCCAUGGUCGUGGCUCUGCUCGGAGUCAAGUGCAUCAAGAUCGGCUCAGCCACCGACCAGUCGAAGGCCAAGAUCGCCUUCUGCGGAGGAAUCCUCGCCCUCCUCGCCGGUCUGUGCUGUAUGAUCGCUUGUUCCUGGUACGCCUACAGAGUCGUUCAGGACUUCAACGACCCCUUCCACGGCGGCGUGAGGUUCGAGCUGGGUACUGGCCUCUUCCUGGGAUGGGGAGGAGCCUCUUUGUUCAUACUGGGCGGAGCUUUCCUUUGCACUGCCUGUAGCCGAGCAUCAGCUGGAGACAAGAAAAGAGGUUUCUAUGGAAAACAACCACAGAAGGUCUACAAUCCAUCAGCCAAGUCAGAUCCAGAUACAGGCAGAGCUUACGUCUAGUUACGCACACUCACAGACACACACAAACACACAUGCACACACACACACACCGCUCCUCCAAAUAUAAGAACUUCUAGUUU